AUGGUGAACGCCCUAUUCGGAGAGCUGAUCGGCAAAACGAUGGAGGCCUAUAUCGAUGACAUGCUGGUAAAGAGCAGGAGUAUGCGCGAUCACGCUUCCGACUUGAGACGAAGCUUUGAAAUCAUGAGGCGUAACCGGUUGAGGCUCAACCCGACAAAAUGCACGUUCGCUGUACAGACUGGGAAGUUCCUUGGGUUCAUGAUGCCAAGGAGAGGGAUCGAGCCGAACCCCGCAAAAGUGAAAGCGAUCAUGGACAUGAGGCCGCCGACCACGGUCCGGGAAGUCCAACAAUUGACCGGCCGGUUGGCCGCCCUGAGUCGUUUCCUCUCGAAACUCGCCGAGCGGGCUCACCCGUUCUUCCAAACGCUGAAGAAGACGUCCGCCUUCGCAUGGACUGACGAGUGUCAAAGGGCUUUCGCGCCGAUAGUGUUGUCCAGACCAGAGCCCGGUGAGGAAUUGCAGAUUUAUCUCUCCGCGUCGGAUCGUGCAAUCAGUGCAGUGCUUUGCCGAACCGACCCUGGAGGGGUACAGCGCCCGGUUUAUUACAUUAGCCACGCCCUCCAAGGUCUCGAGCUACGGUACUCCAGGCUGGAAAAGUUUUCGAUUGAAUACACACCGAGACCGGCCAUUAAGGGGCAGGCCCUAGCAGACUUCGUCGUGGAAUGCUCGGCGAGAGACACCAGUGGGACGACCACCGUUGAACCGAUCCUGGCAGAGUGGGAGAUCGCGACGGACGGGUCAAGUUCUAAGCAAGGCGACGGCGCUGGAAUAGUACUCACUAGCUCGGAGGGCUUUAAAGUCUACUACGCCUUGUCGCUCUCUUUUUUGCCGACCAACAACGAAGCGGAGUACGAAACUUUCAUAGCCGGCCUAUGCUACGCCCGUUCCCUGGGGGCCCGACAUGUGAGGAUCCGAACCGGAUCGGCCUUGGUCGUCGGACAAGUCACCGGCGCUUUCGAGGCGAAGGGAGAACGGUUAGCCCGGUACCGUGAUCACACCAUAUCUAUUAUGGGAUCGUUUGAUGCGUGCGUUGCCAAGCACAUCCCGCGGGCUGAAAAUGCGGACGCUGACAUGCUAUCCCGGUUAUUGCACGAAGCCUCGGAAUACAUAUCCAAGGUGGCCCGGGUGGAGGAGCUAUCGACUGCUUGCAUUGAUGUGUUGCCCGUGGCCCCGGUGGAUGAUGACGUUGACGAGUGGAUCACUGACCUUCGGCUGUACUUAGAAACCGGAACCUUACCGGAGAACGGGCAGAGGGCCAGGAAAGUGAAGCUACGCGCACCCCGGUUUCAGAUAGUCGACAACCGCCUAUACCGACGGUCGUAUGGAGGGCCGUUGAUGAGAUGUUUGUCCCGGUUCGAGGCUGAAUUAGUGAUGACCGAGCUGCACUCCGGACUUUGCUCCGCUCAUCAGGGGGGCCAGGCCUUGGCAAGAAGAAUUAUGUUGAUCGUACAGUUGGUGACCGACAACGGAAAGCAGUUCGAGGGCGAAUAUUUUCAGAACUUUCUGGCGACGGUCGGCACCAGAUCGAUUCGGUCUUCCGUGGCGUACCUCCAGGGGAACGGCCAGGUCGAAAAUGCAAACCAGACCAUUUUGGAGGGGCUCAAGAAGAAGCUGCAUUCGACCGGGCGAAGCUGGGCGGACGAGCUCCCAUAUAUCUUAUGGUCGUACCGGACUACACCCCGAGAGGCUACGAAAGAAACCCCUUUUGCUUUAGUCUACGGUACUGAGGCCCGCCUGCCGGUGGAGGCUUGGAUACCGACCUCCCGGGAGCGAGUUUACGAUGAGAACAGCAACGACUCCUUGAUGGUCACCGAGCUGGAUUCCCUGGAAGAAAGGAGAGACGCUGCGGCCCAGAGGAUCGAGGAGUACCAGAAGAAAUUGAAGGCGUACCGUGACCCUAAGGCGCGCCCCCGGUACUUUCAGGUCGGGGACUACGUGCUGCGAGAGAGACAGGCCAGCAAGCCGCUCGAGGGCGGGAAGUUGGCCCAGAGUUGGGAGGGGCCAUACGUUAUUUCGGCCGUCGUGAGACCGGGCACUUACCGGCUCGAAACCACUACCGGCAGGCCGGUCGACCGCAUUUGGAACUCCCAGCAUUUAAUUCAUUUUUAUCAUUAG